AUGGUGGUGUCGGAGGAGGGGGUGCGGGGGGGGCAGGACCACCUCCGUAGCGAUGAGGCCUGGCCGGACGAAGACAGCGAGGAGAGGGUCGCCUACCAGCUCCUGAACGGCAUGCGGAGGCCCGACGGAUCUGCCCUCGCCAGCGUCCCCCUCCAUGCCGUGCGGGAGGGGGCCGGGGCCGACACCCAUUUCGUGGAGGCGUUCUACGCUUCGGACGCCAGGGGCUGGCUGACGAGGUCACGGGUCGACCCCGCGGGUCCUGCCGCCGGGGAUAGGGUGCGGAAGUGGGAGAGCAUGGGCAUCGUGCAGAGGGUCACGAAGGCGGAGCGGGGGGGAAGCCAGAUCCACUUUAGGGGCGGACGGCAUCAUGGAGACGCCCUCUUGCGAUUCGUAGACAGGUGGGACGUGGAGCACUGCGGCGAAUCCGCGGGGGCCGCCCUCCGCGCCGGGCCCCUCGGACGAGUGUCCUACCAGCUCGUGCCGGGGGGAGGGUCGGCGCCAGGCCGCGGCACGCUUCACGGAGAGCUGCUCUACGCCAUCGGCGAGGAGGCAGCGGCGGAGCUCUGGACUAGGCUCGGAGCGGAGGAUUGGCUGGUCAGGACGGUGGCGAGGGCGGAGUUCCCCUUCUCCUACCGCCACCAGCUUGCCGAGUUGGCCUCCCAUCGCGGCUCGCGUGUGGCGCCGGCGGCGGACACAGCGGUCACCAGCGCAGCAGCGGCGCUGACGCCGGCUGCGGCGGCGGCGGCCGCGGCCGACUUGCCGUGCUCCCUGCACGACGGCAACCGGCGACCAGAGCGAGACGCCUACUGCCUCUGCGUGUUCGAGCACCUUUGUCGGAACGCCCUGUUUCGCCGCCUGCGACUACCACACCGCUUCCAAGCCCUGGUCAGCGUCCAGCUCCUCGGUCUCAAGAACCUGAGCCCGCACUACCACCCCGCCAAGACGGACGUCUUCGCCGCGGUAAGCCUCAAGCGCCUCGACAUGACGGCGGCCGGCGGCAACGGCAACGACAACGGCAACUACGCCGCCGCCGCUGCCGCCGGCCACAGCGGCGGCGAGGCGGCGGCGAAGCGUCGCGGCCGCAACACGUCGGUGACCGCGAUAAAGCGGCUGCUGCCGACGGCGAACGGGCAGGAGAGCCAACAGUCCCGCUGGGGCGCCAAGGCUGCGUUUCGGUUCCCGCUGCCGGAGGAGGCGUCGCCGUUAGUGCUGGCCUACGGGGACGGGGCUUACGAGCUCGUCAUGGGCGGCACCGGGAAGGGGGGGAUGGGGAGCCAGGGCCCGCCUAGGUGCGUGCGGAUAGCGGUGUGGCGGAAGCAGUUCCUGGCGGACCAGCGGCUGGGGGAGGUAGACGUCCCGCUCGGGAAGCUGGACGAUCGCGGGGACAUCGACGAGUGGGUGGCGCUUCGAGGGGACAAGGGGUCUUCAUGGUUCGUGAACGUUCGGUUCAGCUUACGGUUCGUGAUGGUGAGCGUUUCAGACCCCGUCCCCGACGAGGAAGACUCGGAAGACCUGGCGGCGGUAGCCGUGGAAGAGGAGAACCCGGGGAUGACUCUGUCUUUCGCUCUCGCGGACGUCGACAUCAUAGUUGACGUCAUCGAGUGACGUUGUCGUGUAGUAAUAAUAUGCGUCCCGCGGCCUCAGAAGAAGAAACACCUCCCACCCACCCACGGUCGUUGUGACGUACGUCCGCUGAGAAUUAUAGAGGGACGGGCUCUCUCUCCGUUCCCGGUCUUUUGGACCAUCGAACGCGCAUUGUACCCCUUUCGAGGGUGCGCGUGUGAUAAUCCCGAUACGGAGUUGUUUGAUAGAGAUUGCCGCAGAGCGGCGGGGGGGGGCGGCCGGCGUUGGGAGUCAAAAGGGUAGUUUUAUGAUGCCCUGAA